CGUGCGGCCAGAGAUCAUUCAAACACCACGUGAACGUCAGCGGGCCAUGUUCUCCAAUGUGUUGAACAACUUGGCGGAUGGCUUCUGGUGCCAGAGCCCCAAGGCCACCGUGACGGAUGAGGUACCGCUGACGACCGCGGAAGUGCUGGCGGACGAGCCGCUGGAUGGCGAAGAUCAAUGGAGUGAUGAGGAGCUGGCGAAGUGUUUUGAACAGGAAGCCUGCCGAAUCAAGAGGACAGUGCAAAACGUCGACUUCGAAGAAGUUUGCACCAUCCUUUGCACUCGCUGGCUGAAGCGCUUGUCGAAGGACACCGAUGAGAAGCGAGAAGGCAAGAGUCUUCGGGCCCUGCUCCGAAGCCGUGCCUUAGACAUCCUCCUCUCCACCUUGAUAGAGACAGAGGUCGGACGACAAGCCAUUUAUGUUGCGGCCAGCACGGAUCCGGAGAGGGAGAGCAUGGACUGCAGUCACAUCUCUCCAGCCGUCCCGUUGCGGCUGCUUCUGUACAAAGGAUCAGACGUGCCCUCCGUUCUGAUGGAUUCCCUGCUGAAGUUGCUCUCCACCGUGGGUCGUGCUAGCACCGGCUUGGAAGACCUCCAUUGGGUCCUGCUGCUCCUCAGCGCAGCCACGCUGGACGCCAGCGAGGUCUAUGUGCGCCGGAGCCGACGGGGCAUCGAUGCGAUUGAGAAGAGCGCAGCAGAGAUCAGGGACAUGUGGAAGGAGAUGUCCCAAGGUAUUGGUGAGGCUGCCACAAGUGCCGUGAAGCUGGGGGACGCUGUUUGGGCCGAGUGGCCACGCAACGGGCGAUGGUUUCGGGGCGAGGUCACCGAACUGCAGCAGGAGCAGGCAAUGAUCAAAUGGCUCCAGCGGCCCAGCAAUGUCAAGGGUGGCCAAGAAGAUGAUUAUUUGGUGUCUGUGGUUGGUGAGGACUUCGACUUUGAACAAUCGACAGCUGUGAUCAAUGUCGCUGUGCUUCCUGCGAUGUUCAUGCGCCCACAGCCUAUCCCAGAACAAGAGGAGGAUGGCUGGUCACAGCUCAUGGAAACAGCAGAGAGCCUGACGAACAAGUACCACCAGCUGCGGGCCUUGUUCGAAAACCUCGGAAAGGACGAGAAGCCCUCGGAGCGGAAGAAGGUGGCCGACUUCGAGAGGAAGAAGUUGGCUGAGGCCACCAAGGCCUUAACUGCCACCGUCGCCUCCAUUGUGGCGCUGCGGAAGGAUUUCGAUCGACGAGCGCAGGAGGCCAAUGGAAUGAUCCCACCCUUCCUGAGCGAAGCUUUAUCCAUCGCCAGUGAUCUGGAGACCACUCUAUCCAGACGCUUGCAGGAUGCUCAGGAGAUGGAUGGCUGCCAGUUGCGGCUGAUUGGAAUGAAAGAUCGUGUGGCCUAUUGUUGCUUGGACGUCGAGAGGCUCAGGGGCCGGUACCUCGAGGAGUUGUUCAAUGGAUUGCAUUCAUCCAUCUAUGGUGAGGAUGUGGCAUUCCUAGUGCAGGAUUCGGGCUCUUUGCAGAACAUCAAGAACAUCAUCAGCAGCACGAUGAAACUGUCUGACCAGUUCUGGCGCGAGGCGGUGCAGUUCGCAGCCGAAUCCCUCGAUGGGCCCAUGGCCUCGGGGUGUCAGGAGGUCAGCAUGGCGGCCAAGCGCUAUAAGGAGCUAAGGAUGGAGCUGAAGAAGAUCCAAGAGAGGCUGCUGCAGGUCGAGAAGACUGCGCCGGUGAUCCCGGCGGGGCGAACGCGGAAGAUCUUGAAGAAGGGCAGCUCUUUAGGAAGCCAAAUCGCCAUUGAGACCAAGGGCUACCUCCGCACUGAGUCGCAAGUCUCGGCGGUGGAAGAGCCGCGGCCGCCGCUCGCGCCAGCGCCUGAAGCCUUUGAGGUGGACUUCGAAUCCUCCGCAGCGGCGGCGGCCUUCAGUGUUCAGGCCGUGCCCUCCGACGAGCCGCCGCAAUCCCCCCCGCCGCCGCAGCCCGCGCAGCCUGCGCCGAUGCCGGCGGCACCGAAGGCAGUGGCGCCAGUGGAGCCACCGGUGGAGCUGGAGCAGAUGGAGAGGAAGGUGGCGCCCCUCGAUGGCGUGCCGAAGUCAGCGCCACCCGGCUGUGGGCAGAUGCUGGGACGCCUCUCAGCGCGCUGCUGUGGGGCCAGCUGACGGCGGCAAAUCCUAGCCGGGUGUUUAGAGAGAGCCAGGGCGGUGCAGACGACAGAGCCAGGGCGGUGUCCUACAGAGGUUGAACAAAUAGACACCCCUAGCCUGGCCAAUUCUAUGCUUGUUCCCCCUAGGAUUCAAUGAGUUAUAUAAG